CGCUGUCCUCUUGGACUUUUCGGGCGCAUUAAUAACAAUCACGUCGAAAUAAUGUGACAUUUUUACUGCCGCUGGACUUUCUUUGACGCGCGCGCGCAGGGUGGGACGGCGAAAAACAAACAAACAAAGUCAUUGAUUAGUGUGAUUCGCGUGAGGGCUCCUUAUCAAGAUUUUGCGCUCAAUGAUAAAAAAGCCCGCAAAUCUUCCCUCGCGCUCCAAACGUUCGUGAGGAGAGAAGCCGAAGCCCAAGGUGCAUUCGCGCAUUCGUUUGCUCGUGCUCUCUUUGUUCAGCCACCGGCCUGUCGAGCGGCCGCGGACGCCGCGAUUCGGAAAGCGCAGGUUGCGGGCGUGGUCCAGGAUGCGAGGGCGCGGCGCCUGUUCUUCCUUCAACUGCCUGCUGGCGGCGCUGUGCGUGCUUCUGCUGCUGUGCUGCGCCGCGCUGACGGCGCUGAUGUGGGCGGAAGCGCCGCCGCCGGACGCGGAGGGGGCGGGGCUGCGCGGCGAGAUGGCCAUCACGCACGGGGCCGAGUUCAGCCAGGAUCUGCGCAACGGCAGCAGCGCGGCCUUCAAGGCGCUGGCCUUUGACGUCCAGCGGCUGGUGCGCGAGGCCUUCAGGCGCGGCGGGCUCAGCCGGCGCUUCGUCACGUGCGACAUCGUCGCAUUCACUCGGGGCAGUGUGCUGGUGACCUUUGACCUGUGGUUCACGGGGAGGGUGGAGAGGCAGGAGGCGGAGCAGCAGAUGAAGGCGGGCCUGGAGGAGAGCCGAGGAUUGGUGGUGGACAGAGACAGCAUCCGCAUCACGGAGAAGGAGCAGCAGGAGGAGGCCACCGCCACCACCACCGCCGCCUGCACGCCAAGCGCUACGCCCGUCACAAUCACGUGUCCUCCUUACCACGCUUCCUGCGACCGCUCGUCCACGUGCGUCCACGCCGAGCGCCUGUGCGACGGCAUCGACGACUGCGCCGACGCUUCCGACGAAGACGCCGCCCGCUGCGCAACGACCUGUGACGGACAGUUCGUGCUGCGCGGCCCAUCGGGAUGGUUCGCCUCAUCCGCAAAAGGCGGCUUCUGUCGCUGGAUCAUCAGGGUCCAGAGUGGCUUUUCUGUUCAAGUCAACUUCCACGAGUUUGAAAGUCGAGAGAAUGUCGACAUUGUGAGACUUUACGAAGGAGUUGGUGCUGACAAGACGAUGGCAGGUCAGGAGAAUCCUGAUCAGAUCCUAGAUCGGGUCCUGUAUCAGAUCCAGAUCAAGCUGCUAAUCACGCAUGUUUGCUGGCCUCUGACUCAGCUCGCACAGCCAAUGUGUCUUCGCUUUUGGUAUCACAUGUUUGGAGAAGAUGUCUACCGUCUUCAAGUGUUGCUGCUCGGUGCGUCUCCAGGCGAUGUCGGCACAGUGGUGUUCCACAGGGACGGUAACUACGGCGACAACUGGAAUUACGGACAAGUGCUCCUCAGCUCCGCCACUGACUCACAUGUCGUGUUCGAAGCGCUGAAGCGAGGCGGGAUGAGGAAUGACAUCGCGUUGGAUGACAUCACGUUGACGUCCCAGCCCUGCGGCCCCGCCCCGCCCGAACCCACCUUAGUGCCCACUCCGACCGCGGCGCCCACCAUACCGGCUGACUGCGGCGGUCCUUUCGACGUGUGGGAGCCAAACUCCACCUUCAGCUCGCCAAAUUACCCGCACUCCUACGGGAACAGAGCUCGCUGUGUGUGGACGCUCCGCGCUAUGCCGGGUCGAAACAUCCAAGUCCACUUCCUGGACUUGGAUGUGGAAGAAAACUACGACAUCGUGGAAGUGCGCGACGGGGCGGGGCCCAACUCCACUUUACUGGCCGUUCUGACCGGCAGCGGCGGCCCCGCCCAUGACUUGUUUUCAACGAGCGAUCGGGUGACGGUCUGGUUCUUCACGGACAGCUCGGGUAGCGGACGGGGCUUCAAAGCCAACUUCACCUCCGGGGUCGGCUUAGGGUCUCCAGAGCCGUGCCCUGCCGACCAGUUCCAGUGCGGAACGGGCGGUUGCGUCCAUGUGAAGCGUCAGUGCGAUGCAAGGGUUGACUGCGGCGACGCUUCAGAUGAAGCGAACUGUGUUGUGUUGCAGGCCAACACUUCCAGCCGUCUGCAGUUUCAGGUCGCCUCCUCUUGGUUUACCGUGUGCGCCGACACCUGGACCCCGCGCCUGUCUCGCUUCACCUGCCGGUACUUGGGACACAGGUCUGGGGUGGUGACUCUGAUGCCCGCCGUGCCGGGAGAUUCACCUUUCACCAGUGUCAAAGUCACCAGUAAUGGAAGUCUGGAAACAAGCGUGAGUGACGGUUGUCCUGGCCACCGCGUGGUUUCCCUCCGGUGUAACAACCGGCCGUGCGGCCUUCGAUUAGCCGCCAAUGACACCGUUGACCAAUCGGCAGCCAGAGACGGGAAGGUCAGAGUGGUGGGCGGGUCGGACGCCGCCAAAGGGGCGUGGCCCUGGAUGGCGUCGCUCUAUUGGAACGGUCGGCACGUGUGCGGCGCUGCGCUGCUCGGUCGGCGUUGGCUGCUGACCGCCGCCCACUGUGUCUACGGGAAGGACCGCCCCCUGAGCCGCUGGUCGGCCAAGUUGGGUCUCAGGGCUCAGAGUCACGCCGGUGACGCGCACUCGUUCCAAAUUGAUGCCGUGCUGGUCAACCCGCACUACAACAGACUCACCAAACAGGCUGACGUGGCCAUGAUGCGUCUCGGCGCGCCCGCCAACUUCACCGAUUUGAUCCAGCCAGUGUGUCUACCUGAAAAUGGCCAAGAGUUCACAGCUGGAAGGAAAUGUUGGAUUGCUGGAUGGGGACGACAGGCCGAGGACGGUUCUCUUCCAGACAUUCUGCAGGAGGCCAAGAUCCCCCUGGUGGACCGGGUCUCGUGCCAACAUGCCUUGGCGGAGUACAGCAUCACGUCCAGCAUGCUGUGCGCAGGGUUUCCGGAAGGCGGAGUCGACUCCUGUCAGGGCGACUCUGGCGGCCCACUCAUGUGUGAGGAGGAGGAGGGACGCUGGACCCUGGCCGGUGUCACGUCCUUCGGGAUCGGUUGCGGUCGGCCCGGGCGGCCGGGCGUCUACGCCAGAGUCUCGGCCUUCGUCGCCUGGAUCGCCGAAACGCGGCGCUCCUCGUCAUUGCCGUGAUCAUCCACCUCCUCUUCCUCCCUUUCUUCUCGUCCUUUCUCCUCCUCCUCUACGUCGAGGUCCUCCUCGUUCCUUUUCU